AUGUCCCAGAUCGCUACCUUCAAGGUUCCCACCAUCAACAACGAGCCCAUGAGGGCUUAUGCCCCUGGCUCGAAGGACCGUGAGGGUCUCGAGGCCGCUCUCGCCAAGAUUGCCGCCUCGGGUCCCUACGACAUCCCCGCCAUUGUCAACGGCAAGGAGAUCCGCUCGGGCGACAAGCAGCCCCAGGUCAUGCCCCACGACCACAAGACCGUCCUCGCCAACUACCACGCUGCCACCCCUGAGACUGUCUCUGCCGCCAUUGACGGUGCUCUUGCCAUUCGCGAGGCCUGGGAGGACCUCCCCUGGUCGGACAAGGCCUCCAUCUUCCUGAAGGCUGCCGACCUCGUUGCUGGCAAGUACCGCUUCGACAUCAUGGCCGCCACCAUGCUCGGCCAGGGCAAGAACGCCUGGCAGGCUGAGAUUGACGCUGCCGCCGAGCUCGCCGACUUCCUCCGCUUUUCGGUCAAGUUUGUCGAGGAGCUCUACCAGCAGCAGCCUUCGCGCAACUCUGACGGUGUCUGGAACCGCACCGAGUUCCGUCCUCUUGAGGGCUUCGUGCUCGCUGUCACCCCCUUCAACUUUACCGCCAUUGGUGGUAACCUCGUUGGUGCCCCGGCCAUUGUCGGCAACGUUGUUGUUUGGAAGCCCGCCCCUGCCGCCACCUACUCUUCGUACCUUGUGUACAAGAUCUUCGAGGAGGCCGGUAUGCCCGCUGGCGUGAUCCAGUUCGUCCCCGGCUCGCCCCCCGACAUUGUCAAGCAGUGCAUCGACCACAAGGACUUUGCCGGUCUCCACUUCACUGGCUCGACCCACGUCUUCCGCAAGCUCUGGAAGGACAUUGCCGCCAACCUUGACAUCUACCGUGGCUACCCCCGCAUCGUCGGCGAGACUGGCGGCAAGAACUUCCACCUCUACCACCCCUCUGCCGACAUCAAGUCGGGUGUCGUGCAGGCUAUCCGCGCCGCGUUCGAGUACUCGGGCCAGAAGUGCUCGGCCCUGUCGCGUGUCUACGUUCCCCGCUCGCUCUGGGAGGGUGGCUUCCAGGAGGAGCUCGUCAAGCAGGCCGGUUCCAUCACCAUUGGCCCCUGCACCGAGUUUGAGCACUUCACCGGCCCCGUUAUCGGCCGCCCCUCGUACGACCGCAUCACCAGCAUCAUCGAGAAGGCCAAGGCUGCCGGCGGUGAGGUUAUUGUUGGCGGCAAGGGUGACGACUCGAAGGGCUUCUUCGUCGAGCCCACUGUCAUCGUCACCAAGGACCCCAAGUCGAUCUCCAUGACCGAGGAGAUCUUCGGCCCUGUCAUGACCGUCUACGUCUACGAGGACGCCGAGUACGACCAGACCCUCAAGCUCAUCGACACCACCACCGAGUACGGCCUCACCGGCGCCAUCUUCGGCUCGGACACCCUCGCCCUCGCCAAGACCUCGCGCGCUCUCCGCAACGCCGCUGGCAACUUCUACAUCAACGACAAGUGCACCGGUGCAGUCGUUGGCCAGCAGCCCUUCGGUGGAGCUCGCGCUUCGGGAACCAACGACAAGUCGGGAUCCAUCUCGAUCUUCUACAGGUUCAUCUCGGCCCGUUCGAUCAAGACCAACUUCAUCGACCCCACCGCAUUUGAGUACCCCAGCAACCUCGUUUAA